UAAUUUUCAGCCUGAUUGUCAUUUAAGAAGAAGAAGAAAAGUUAAUAUUUCAAUUUAGUAAUUAGUUUAAAACGUAAUUAUUAAAUUAAUACUAAAGAAGGAAAAAGUAGAAAAAAUUCUCAUGAAUGAGAAAGGCAAAACAUUCUCGUCGAUCGCCAAAGGCUGCAGAAAGGAUAACAAGGGCCAGAGCAUAAAAGGAGCGAAAGAUGUUGGAGAGGAUGAAGAGCAAGUGCAAAUGUUGAGGAGAGCAUUCUCCAUGUUCGAUUCGCAGAAGACGGGGAAAAUUGAAAAGGAAAAAGUUAGAACAAUUCUCAACACUCUUGGACAUACGUUUGAUGAUCAUGAAUUGGAAUCUCUAUUGAAACAAGAAGAUGAAGAAGACAGUGGAAAGUUGAACUUCGAUUCAUUCUAUCGAGUGGCCUGUCAUUUUCAAGAAGAGGACGAUGAGGCUUUACAGAAAGAAUUAAAGGAAGCCUUCAGAUUGUAUGAUAAAGAAGGAAACGGUUAUAUUCCCACAAGUUCUCUUCGCGAAAUUUUGGCUGCCCUUGAUGAUCAAAUAACUCCUGAUCAAAUGGAUGGUAUGAUUGCCGAAAUUGAUACUGACGGAUCAGGCACAGUCGACUUUGAUGAAUUCAUGGAGAUGAUGACUGGCGAUUAAAAAUUCUUUCCAAAUAUACGAAAAAAA